AUAAACUCUAUAAUACAGAAUUAUUCAUCACAAAAUAAAUCCAGCAACAUUUUUGGAUGCGUACUGAAGAUUUUAUUUUCUUGAGAAAUAAUGAAUAGCUUUGAAUGUAGCACUAGAUGGAGUUUUGUCUUAUGAUCUCUUAUGAGUUGAGCUCACACGGUCACUUGGACGACAUGACGUCAAAGCUCAAGUUUGUGUUUAUGAAGUGCUAGCUCGCGAGCUUGUGUUAGCUAAUUGCUACAUGGGAGUAACGUUACUGGCUGUCAAACAACAAACCCACAUCGAUUUUCUCAUGGUGGUACUUGGAUUCUCGCGUUUUCCCUCAUGUUUGUCGUGUCCUGUCGAUAAGAGAUGCAGAGUGGGCAUACCGAUAUAGGGUUUGUGCAGCAAAUUCUCAGUUUGAAUUUGGUUCCAAGAAAACAUGGCUACAAUUGCGCCAACGAUACAUCGCUGUGCGACUUUUCAGAGAUGUGGUAUGGCGUGUUCCUGUGGACCGCCGUCUCCUCGCUGAUGUUCCACCUGCCGGCGGCCCUUUUGGCCAUCUUCACACUGCGGCAGCACAAGAUGGCGCGCUUCAUGCCCAUCGCCAUCGUGCUCAUGGGUGUCCUGGGCCCCCUCACCGGCGGCGUCCUCACCAGUGCGGCGAUAGCAGGGGUGUAUAAGGCGGCGGGGAAGAGGAUGAUCUCUCUGGAGGCGUUGGUCUUCGGCGUGGGCCAGUCCUUCUGCGUGGUCAUCAUCUCCUUCCUCAGAGUCCUGGCCACUCUGUAGCACGAGGCCCCUGGCACACACCACGUGUCUCCAUGCUGGAUGGACAGAACGAGCGAAAGAAAGCAGGGAAGAGAGAACGAGAGACGAUAUGCAAUCAGUGUUCACUCACAGAGAGGACACCUUAUGCAAGACUCAGCUGUACCCUCUUCAGAGGCCUUAUAUCCCCCAGGUGAAGAGCUGAGGAAUCUUUAGUUUCUUUGACAUCAUUCCUUCUAUAAGGUGACAUGGUGGGGCUUUUGUUUUCCAGGGGUUGUAUUUAGGAAAGUGGUUAGACACUUAGGGAUUGCUGCCAGGUUUUGUAACUAAACAAAGGUGGUGUGAAGAGGAGAGCAGUCAGGGGCAGGUGACCUCUUGUUCAGGUGUGGAUGGAGAUGUCUUGCACACGAUCCACUUUAUUUGAAAGUAGAACAUUCCAGACUCGAGAGAGGGCAGAUGUUCUGAAGCCUUUUUAAUAUGCGCGGCACUUAACGGGAGCAUCUCUGUGCUAUUUGAACUGAAUCCUUGCCCUUCCCUUAGUAGUUUUGUAUUGAAAAUGGCGUCACUAUCGUACAGAAUGUAUACAGCAGCUCUGUGAUAUGGUAACGGACCGAUUGAGUCCAUGAUACUGGAGUUCAGCAUUGAUUUCAUUCCAUCUUUAAGCCUUUUUCGUCUAAUCUUUCAUGUGCUCAACACCGUCAAUCAUGUUACAACCAGACAAAUGUGUGUGAAAUGACCUGUACAUACUAAAACCCAUUCCAGCUUUCUAAUGAAGGGGGUAAAGUGUGUGUGUGUGUGUGUGUGCGUGUGUGCACGUGUGCUCAGCCAGAAACUGACCAAGAGCCAGAAGAACUAAAGUAGCUCAGUCUCAUCUUGGAGAGGAAAUCAAAUAUAUCUCAUUGUGAAGGUGCAGGCAGGACGGCUAUGUAAUUCCCCUUGAGUGAGUCAGGAACAAUUCGUAUUUAAUCUAAAGACUUUUAGAAAUCCUGUUAGGAUUUCUGUAGUCUCAGGCUUUUACAUUGUGUUCUUUGAAAAGCAACUUGGCCUCACUUUGUACCAUAACAAUGCAGAAGUUGUCCUUUCCUUUUUACCUGACUAAAUUUGGGCCUUCUUUAUUUUGUACAGCAUCUCAUAAUUGAUCAUGAUAAUGUUGUCUCAUAAUGUUUGCUAUGCUCAAAAAAACACAUACACAUGUGCUGACCUCACUCCAUACGCCUACAUGAAUGUGAAUCAGAUUUCUUUAAUCCUGUAGUUACUAAGCUUUCUUAAACCUUUACCAAAGAGAUCUUAACAUAUUGUACAGAUCAUUUACUUCUCAGUGGUUCUUUUCUGUCUUGCGUUCUUUUUUUUUUUUGGAAAGGGGUGGGGCAUUGCUGCAGUAGAUGCUUUGAUAACCGUGCUGAUCAUGCGGACUGAUUGAUUAAUAGCUAAACAGUUUCGGACUUCUCCCAACUCCUUGGGAACACUACACUGAAUUUGCAUCUUCUACUCUCAUUCGGGUUGACGAUGUGAAAAGACAUAUUCAGAUAUUUGCAACAUGAUAAGAGAAGAGAUGCUACUUUGGUCUCAUUUCCGAGUAAUAUGUUCAUUACCCAGAAUUCCCCUGUGAGUUGAGUAAGCACUUGGUCAGCUCAGCCAUAAUGUGAAACAUUCAGGAUUUGCUUGAUCUCCCUCUUGGGGGAUUUUGGGCAGGGGGGGGGGGGUGUCACAAUGUUUCACAAUCUCCUUAAACAGGCCUCAGGAAGCUAUUUUUGUGCGGAUAUUUUCAAAAGGAAAAAGGGGGUGUUUGUUGUUGGUAACCUCUCCUGUACGGAGCUUUUCAGUAGGUAAGCAGACUAACUGAAGUGGCCAUGAAGAUUCUGGCAAGCAGAAGUCACUGAAAGCAAUGCAUUGCAAAACUGGGCCUAUGGUCUCUUAAUUCCAGAAAUAUGUUUAUUUUUCUAAAGGUAUUUUAUCAUCCCUUAUAAAUUGUUGAAAGGCUUAACAGUACUGUUGAACAUUUUUUGAUUGUUUUGAGAAUUGUCAUGUUUAGUGGAAAACAUGAUUUUACUGUUAUUUAACAUGAUGUGGGUGUUCUUUUCUUCUUUUUUUCUUUUCUAGGUAAGGUUGAUUUUAUUACUGUAAAUUAAGUGCCAAUUGUUAAUAUUUUCAUGUAAUAAAAUGUUUCAGAUUAUA